AUGUUUCCAACGUUGCAAGAAGGAAAUAUCAAAGCGAGCUGUCAAAAAUCCUCUCUGGAGCCUCAACUCUGUUACUUUUAUCCAAUCUCUUCGGCCGAUGUUACCAAGCAAGAGAACUACCGUCCUCUGUUGGCUGAUCAGAGAGAGUCGACCAAGGAGAUGAUAGGAAGGAUGAUGAGCAGUAUGGGCCUUCGGAUUGUGUCUUCAAAGAAGGCCAUCUCCAAUCUCGGAGGUGUUGCCAUGUGUCAGCCUGGCACUGAUCGCUUCACCAACAGUCCUUAUCGCUCAACCUUUCGAGUCAAUAUGAUGAUGAGAGAAUUAUCAUUUGAUGAAUGGAGAUUGGUAGCAAGUUUUCUCACGAGAUCUGAUGCUUUUCACUCUGUUGCAAACGUCAGUUGGACGGGUCGACUUGCAGUGUUGUCUUGUCAUUUUGUUCAAGAUGCAAAAUGUGUCGAGUCAUUUGUAUUGAGGUGGAUGAAGAUUGAAUGCAGCGGUUUUUUUAGAAGUGAAAAUUCAUUACUCCCAAACGAGCGAUUGAGAAACUUACUACAACCUUUACAUGAUUUCAAUUUGUUUGAUUUGAAUCAAUUUGUUCAUCCCAUGGAGAAGAUGAUUCAUUCUUCACACGAAGACCAAUCUCUUGUUCCAAUUCCCAAUUAUUGUUCCAAGACAUGUUUUCGCUUUGCAUGCUUCUAUGGAUUCCAUGCAUUGCUUGAUCAGAUUUUGGAGAAACCAUAUCUAUUACCAGCAACGACAUAUAGUGAAAGGGAGCAGUAUUUGAAAUCAGCUUUCAGUAACAAUCAUAAUGAAACAGCAAAAAAGCUCAUCACAUUAUACAUACGCGAUAUGUCUGAGGAAACGCCACCCCUACUCUCGUUACCAACCAUUUUUGGUUGCUGUGCAGAAUCACCAAAGCAUGGAAUUGUUCUAGAUAUUUAUUCCUUCCUUAAGUCGGAGCUUGAAAAAGUUCGCUGCUACGACGAAGUCAAAGAUUUUGAUGUGUUAUGUGAAUCUAUCAUUGAUUUCGUUCGCUUGGAUCACUUGUCCAAGUUGCUCAAGAAGAAGGAUUUUGAAAGCGCUUUGUUUAUACUUGGAAAAAGCUUGGCAAUAGAACAUAACACCAUCCCAUUGUCUAACAACCCCCUCGUGAAGUUUCACUUGUUCUUCGAAAAUAUAUUGUCUUUUUAUGGUGAUGAAGAAGUAAUGUUAUGGUUGCUCAAUACCAUUUCUCACGAGCUUAGUCCCUACGUUGACAAUCCUAAUUCCAUUAUUUCUGGUAUUGCACACAAAUUUAUGUUUUCGUCAAACACUCGGCUCUAUUGUGAAUAUCUUCAAAAAUACGAGAAUAGAAAUGUCACCAAGGACAAGGAAUUGGUGGAACAGUCCUUGGAAAACCUAACCUCACCCGCAAGUAGCUUUGAGUUAUUCUCACUCAUUGUUCCAUCAUUUGACGCUUUUCAACAAGCAAUGGUCCAAGCACGACGUAGAAGAGACAAGCUAUUCCUGAUAUUUGAACCUUGGCUCAGUGAAAAUUAUCCCGAAGAACUUGCCAGCUUUUUAUUUAACAAUUUAUCUCUGUUAGAAAUUGGUCAUUCUCGAUAUACAGACUCAGAGAACACGAGGAAGCAGACUCUAUUGCAUUUUCAAACUCAACAUGCUCUGGCAACACAUUUCCUUUCUCAACAGAAGAUACAUUGGGACAAAUUCAUGUUUUUGAUGAGAAAUUGUGUGCUCUUGCCAGAGUUUUUGGAUCUUGUUUUGGAGAAGGUUCGAUUAGACACUGAAUUGUUGAAUCAACUUGUUGAUCACAUUAUUUCAACAAUUUUACAAUCAAGUGAGCUGGUCAUGAUGAAUGAAUAUCUCUGUGACAAUGAAAUAGGUGCGACAUGUGAACACCAAUACUCUGAUGUAUACAAAAUAGCUGCAGUAUUGAUGUAUAUGGGAAAGUUAGGAAUUAAUAAUUUAUUUCAAGCGAUUGUAGAACACAAGAAAGAGAUGAUUGCCAAAUUUCCUCAAGUUUUUCCAAUGGCUUUCAAUUCCAUCACUGAAAUGGGCAAGAUUGAAAACAUGAAUUUGAUGAAAGAUUUUCAAUUAGUGUCACAUUCCACAGAAGUAUUGAUAUUCAUUUCACAACACUCCAUCUUGAGAAAAUAUUUGAAUUUACUGGCCUCAUUAUGGCCGAAAGGUACUCUCGCUUUUUCGAACAUGCCUAGCAGCAUGAAAUACUUUUUCAUCGAGAACUAUCGUGAAAGCAAUCCAGAUAUUUUUUCAGUCCUUCAUGCAGCCAUGCUCAAUGAGAAAGAUAUUACUGAUCUCAUUAAUUUCUUACUAUCCAGAGAUUCAAUUCAACUUCCGUACUUUAAUUCAAUCAUCCAUCUUGAUGCAUUCACAAUAGACCAUGUGAUACAGAUUAUCAAUCAUGAUUUAAUUUCCCAUUUAACACAUAUUAGAGAUGUAUGCAGAAUUGUAGAUUUGAUUUGGAAUAACUUUGAACAAGAACAAGUCAAGAUCAAGUUCAGAGAAUUCUUUUGUGAUUUGCAAUGCUCAAACGCUCGUACCGAUUGCUUUUCCGUAAUUUUGAAACAUCAUAAGAAAUACAUGGACAUGGUAGAGGAUAUUUUGUACGACAUGCUAUUUUGUGACACAUAUUACCACACAAUUUCGGAGUUUAUGUCUCGAAUGGCUAGUGUUUGCUCUUCCGAAGCAGCAACUAUUUUCAUGCAACUGUAUGGACUCAAACAAUUGAAGUUUACACCUCAUUUCAAACUUCAUGACUCCACUCGUCUAAUCAACAUACUUAACCACAAGAUUAAUAAUCUACAAGUAGAAGGACAAACAACAAAGCUUGAAGACUGGAAAUAUUUGGUUCAACGAGUGACUCCUACAGAAGCCAUGUGUGAAGUUUCAACAUUAUUGACAAAAAUUCUACCACCCACCAACACUGAAAAAAAUCAAACAACUAACUUGUUGAUGAAUGAAAGUACAGUAGAGAAAAUUCAACAACCAUUUGACUUUUCCAAAAAUCCAUUUUCGAACGGAUCUUCAAAUGUUCCCCUUAAUUCCUUCCACGAAGCCACUUCAUCUCCAGUAAGAAAAAGAAUUCGAGCGAACCGUAAGAAAUGA